GGUUGUCAUUGGUUCAAAGGCUCGGAGAGUUAGGAGAGGAAGCGGAAGGGAGCCGCGAAGAGCGGCUGGUGGCGGGAUGGAGGCGGUAGCUGAGCCCGGGAACCUGGCCGGCGUGCGAAACAUCAUCCUUGUCCUCUCUGGAAAGGGGGGCGUUGGGAAAAGUACCAUCUCCACGGAGUUGGCCCUGGCGCUACGCCACCAGGGCAAGAAGGUGGGGAUCCUAGAUGUAGACCUGUGCGGUCCCAGCAUCCCACACAUGCUCCGUGCGCAAGGCAAGGCAGUGCACCAGUGUGACAGUGGCUGGGUGCCUGUCUUUGUGGAUCAGGAGCAGAGCAUCUCCCUCAUGUCUGUGGGCUUCCUGCUGGAAAACCCUGAUGAGGCCGUGGUGUGGAGGGGUCCCAAGAAACAUGCUCUGAUAAAGCAGUUUGUGUCUGACGUGGCCUGGGGGGAGCUGGACUAUCUGGUUGUGGACACGCCACCAGGGACUUCUGAUGAGCACAUGGCCACUGUGGAAGCCCUGCGCCCCUAUAGGCCCCUGGGGGCCCUCGUGGUCACCACACCACAGGCAGUGUCUGUUGGGGAUGUGAGGCGGGAGCUGACUUUCUGUAGGAAGACUGGGCUGCAGGUCAUAGGGGUCAUAGAGAACAUGAGCGGCUUCGCCUGCCCACACUGCGCCGAGUGCACCAAUGUCUUCUCCAAGGGCGGUGGGGAGGAGCUGGCCCAGCUGGCCGGAGUCCCCUUUUUAGGCUCUGUUCCCCUCGAUCCCCAGCUCACCAGGAGCCUGGAAGAGGGCUGUGACUUCAUCCAGGAGUUUCCCAAGAGCCCUGUAUACUCUGCGCUCACUUCCAUAGCCCAGAAAGUUCUGCACAGGAUGCCUGCUCUGCUCUCCUGACAGAUAGUCUCAUAGCACUCCUGGCACUGUGUGCUCUGUUCACAGACUACGGAACUCUGGGAGCGGAGGUCCUCAGGACUGUCUUGGGGCCUGCAUUUGCUGACCUGAGCAAUGGCUGGUCUAUGUGAUUAUCUCCAUGCAGUGGAGUGACAUUUCUCAGUAGUGUUUGGGUAGAGUUUACUUACCAUCAGCAGCUGAGGGCAUGGCUUGGGUCCUAGUUUCUUGAGAUAGUCACAGCCUUAACCUCCAACCUGUGGGCUUUGUCCAGCCCUAGUCGCUGCUGCCCCAGAUCCACAGGCUGCUCAGCCAGUCACACCAUACGUGAGCUGGCCAAUACUUUCUCAUCCUGACUGACCCUGAGUGCCCACCCACAAGGGCUGUGCUAUGGAGCCUUCUGUGAUACACUGUGUGGUUUACAGCUACAUCUGGUUAACUUACAGGAAUCUGCCAAUAAACAUAUCACCCCACCUUGGGGAGAACUUAGCAUCCAGA